CUGUUAGCCGCCGCACGCCUGAACCGCCGACUGCUGAGUACGUCCUGCCUACAACAAACGUCUGUAAACACAACUUUAGUAUUCAUUUUGUGGCUUCUGCGUUGGAAACCCUUUAGCGGUCACCGCGAUGGUUGUUUCUGAUUUGUCUAAGAAUCGAAAAGAAAAAAUGGAAGGUGAUCAUUCGGAUAAGGAAAAUAAAAGAGAAGAACAAAAUAUAAAAAAGAAAAAACGUGCUCGUUCAUCAAGCAGUGGCUCCAGUAGUAGUCGUUCUUCUUCAAGCAGCUCUCGCUCUGGUAGUGGUUCUUCAGGAUCUAGUAGCCGUUCAAGUUCAAGCAGUUCUGGUUCCAGUUCACGUUCUAGCUCUAGUUCGUCAAGUUCAACUAGUUCUUCUGGUUCUUCUACUGGCCGAGCUAAAACAAAAACUAAGCAACCAAGAUUGAAAAGUGGCAGUAAAACAAAGAGUAGAAGCCGCAGUCCAAGAAAAUCAAGACGUGAUGAUGAGGAAAAAGUUAAAAAAGCUGAAAGCAAAACUAGAACUUCUAGAAAAUCAAGAUCUGGUAGUCCAAAACGACGUAAGAAGGAAAGAUCACCAACUCCAAAACCAUGUCGUAUUCAUGUUGGUCGUUUAACUCGGAAUAUUACUAAGGAACAUAUUCAAGAAAUAUUUUCUGAUUUUGGAACAAUAAAAGAAGUAGAUGUACCUCUAGAUCGAUUUAAUAAAUUAUGUAAAGGAUUUUCUUAUAUUGAGUACUCCACGCCGGAAGAAGCUGAAAAUGCCAUGAAACAUAUGGAUGGAGGUCAAAUUGAUGGACAAGAAAUAACUUGUGCACCAGUGUUAUUACCACGUCCAGCUAUUCGUAGAAGUCCUAUCCGCCGUGGUGGUUGGGGCGGUGGUGGUGGUGGUGGGGGUGGUGGAGGACGCCGAAGAAGUCCACCUCGAUACAGGCGUAGAUCACCAAUGCCUAUUAAACGGCGUUCUCCUCGUCCACGUAGAAUGAGGUCUCGUUCGAGAUCUCCAAGAAGGCGUAAGCACAGUCGUUCUGGAUCAAGCAGCUCACCUUAAAUUCCAAUUUAGUGUAAUAACUUUUCCGUGGUUAAAAACAAAACAACUUAAAAUAAACAGUUUAUUAUUUUUUUUUUAUAUACAUUAUUACUCUAGUAACUAUUUCAAAUUAAGACGCUAGAUUUUGGUAAUUUUUUUUAGAAUUUUGACAUCAAUAUAUCAUUAUAUAAAUACUUAUUUAUCUUAUAUUUAUACUUUAAUAUCUUGUUAUAAUUUACUAAAUAUAAUGGUGAUC